AUGGCAGAACUAGCAGCUUACCGGGAACAGCUGGAUGAAAUUACCCGUCAACAAGCAGCAGACCCAGGCGCAGGGCUAGAAGAAGAAGCCAACGAUCUGCGAGAGCUGAUCGCACUGCUCGAGGCCGAAGCCCAGGAUGAAGCGGGCGAGGGCCCAUCGACAGCCCCGGAGCCCCAACAAGACGAGGAAUUUACGGCUUAUCUAGAAGCGCUGCUGGGCCAGAGAUGCAUGGCUCCGUUUUCCGGCGCUUCCCUACGAAUUCCUCAGCACGCAGCCAUCAUCUUCGAGUUUGACUCAUCGGUGCCAGCGGGCGAAGAUUUUAAUGUCCGAAUCCUCUACUCCCACCCGAUGAUACAAGCCAUGUCGCCCUGCAAGGCCUUUUUACAAAAUCGCUGCAAAUUUGGGGAGAAGUGCCGCUUCUCACACGGUGAAUCGAUCCCAUUCAGUCAGCUCGAAGACUAUGAGGAGCCCGAAUUCGAGUCCCUGCAACCCGGGAGCCUGGUCCUGGCCAAAAUAGACGACCUAUGGGAAGCGGCGCGGGUGGUGGACCUGGACAAAGAGAGUGAAAUGGCCGUGCGGUUGUUGCAAUCGCAACGCGAGACGCGGGUAUCAUUUGCGGAAUCGGUCCCGCUACCAUACACGGAAGUACAACAGACGAAGGAAGAAGCUAUUGAAGUCCCUUCAUCCGUUCUCGAUUCUGUAGAUCAUUUUUCAGAAUUAAAGGGUCUAAAACAUGGCAACGUGACGGUCGGCGAGCUUGGGAACUGGCAGGGCGGCGGCUUUGGCCUGAAGCUGAUGCAGAAAAUGGGAUACAAAUUAGGCCAGGGCCUCGGCAAACAAAGUGACGGCAUCGUGCACGCAAUCCAGGCCACGAUUAUGCCAAAAAAAAAAUCGGUCGACUACGUCUUCAGGAAUAAGGACAAGAAUCGUGUCGUCGACGGGAAAAAGGCGCACGAACGGAUAGGGAAACAAUUACAGCUAUCAACGGGUAUUGAGGCGGACAUUUUCGAAUUUUUGAACCGCCGAUUCGAUGCGGGACCACAGUUGAGCGCCGAGGAGGCCAUUCGGAAAGAACGAAAGCAGUUGAGCGAGGCUUCCGAGAGCAGUCUUCUCAGCAAUAUCCUCGACGCCGAGAGAAAAUUGAAAGAUCUGAAGAGCAAGAAAGUAAAGCUGGAACAGGGGAUCUUCAGAAACAGGACCGACAAGGCAACGGUCGGGCGGCUACAAGCAUCACUGGAUCAGGUGAUACGCGAUAUCUCGAGCGCAGAAGGGUCGCAUCAACGAGUACAAGGCGAGCGGGACAGUCGCCAGCGGAAGAAGGAUCUCUUC